AUGGAUGCCGCCGAAGACCUGAGUGGAGAAAAGUGCGAGUUCAAAGUCUAUCGCCAUACCCCGAAGAAAGAUGGAACUAUAUCUAUUGAGACCAUUUCGAAUCCUUUUUCCGGGCUUGCUCUUGGAGACAAGGACAGUCCUUAUGCGUUGAUCGUCAAUCGCUUCCUAGGGGAAAAGAACCAACUUAAAGAAACCACUCUACAGAUAAAUUCCAGGCGUCUCAUGAAUGUCUUCCGAGAAGUGAUCGGCUUUUACCCCACUGUUCCGGCAGACUUCGCCUCUCCCUUUGAGCUCAAGGGACCAUUCCAGAUCCUUCUGCACUAUUGGGAAGAAUUGGACGAACGCCGACAAACGACGAAGGAUGCCGACGAGCGCAUGCAUCUCAAUCUGUUGUUCGACUUCAUGAAUCAUGAAAUUGGACCCGAGCGAGAGCGCCUUCUGGGUAUGGUACGGAACAAUCAAAUUACAUUCUACAACGCCUGGUGUAUUUUCCGGCCGGGAGACCUGGUUUACACCAAUUUCAUGGGCCAUCCUUGGUUGUUGCAGUGUCAAAAGACUGCCUAUGAAGAAAGUACCUCGGAAGGUCCUUACAUGGAAAUCCACUGUCUCUACACAGACCACGAUGGGACUAUCACUGGCGAAGGUUCCCAUAUUUUUCGGUUAUAUCAGAAACGAAGCUUUGCCGCCGAAAAUCCGGCCAUCAUUACCGAGCUCCCGUGCUUUCCUCGUAAAUUCGUCGAGGAACAGGGGGAUCUGGAAAAUCGACUCAUAGCUCGCGGUCAAAGGUUCCUCGCACUACAGGGCGUAGCUACUAUGUCAUACGACGGACAUGCCCAGUUCCUUAAGGAACCUGAUUACGGAUACUAUCACCCUAGGAUGGCCGAAUUUGAGGCUGUUUGGAUUCCUUAUACUGAGCUUGGAAGGGUUAUAUUGGACCGUAAGACCUUCCAGGAGGACCAGUAUUCAAAUGCAGGCAGAGUUCAGGCCAAGGCCCCGGAUCCGCUGUGCUGUCCGCCAUAUGAGUAUGGAUUUUCUCUGAGUCGCAAAGAAUGGUGCCGGUUUUUUAUCGACUCCAUUCAGGAUGUCAAAUGGAAAGAGAAUGCCUGGGAUUCGCUGAUUAUUGGUGAUCACGAAAAGCUCGUGCUUCAGUCUUUAGUCACAUCUCACUCAUACCCAGAAGACGCACGCGACCAAAGCCUCCAGAAAGGAAAGGGUCUGGUUGUUUUAUUGCAUGGAUCACCUGGGUCUGGUAAAACAUUGACAGCUGAGACCGCCGCCGAGGGAUCAAAAAGGGCGAUUAUGAUGACCUCUCUAGGAGAGCUUAAUAAAUCGGAAAGCCCCGCGGCUUUUGAAUUCCGCCUCAAACUUCUUUUGCAAUAUGCAACAACCUGGAAGGCGGUUGUCUUAAUGGAUGAAGCGGAUGUUUUCCUUGAGGCUCGAGAGGACGAUGGCGACACUUCAUAUCGAAACGCUCUCGUGGCUGUUUUUUUAAAGGAACUCGAGUACUUUAGCGGCAUCGUUUUCCUCACCACUAAUCGUAUCAAAUCCUUUGACAAAGCCAUGAAGUCUCGCAUUCAUCUUGCACUCGAAUAUACUCCACCAGGUCUCGAGACCAGGGAAAAACUCUGGCUGCAAACUUUGAACUCUAUACCAAGCGAAGAGAAUUCUGUGGAUCUUGAUGAGGCCAUGAAGGCUUUCGUGAUGGUCAAGAUGAAUGGUAGAGAGAUUGCAAAUGCAGUCCAUACCGCCCGAACAAUUGCACGCUUCCAGAAGAAACCGGUUGAUAUUGAGCAUAUCGAGGUGGUCCUGGGUGUCUGGAAACGAUUUGAUGAAAGCUUGGAAAAAAUCAAGAAGAAAUCAACCCACCCCUUGGAAAAUGGAGCGCACUUGAUGAUGCGACGAAAGAAUUCGAUUCUUGAAGAUGAAUAA